AUGCCUUUCGGAAACACGCACAAUAAGUUCAAGCUGAACUACAAGGCCGAGGAGGAGUACCCGGACCUCAGCAAGCACAACAACCACAUGGCCAAGGCGCUGACCCUCGACCUCUACAAGAAGCUGCGGGACAAGGAGACGCCUUCUGGCUUCACCCUGGAUGACGUCAUCCAGACGGGGGUGGACAACCCAGGUCACCCCUACAUCAUGACCGUGGGCUGUGUGGCCGGGGACGAGGAGAGCUACGAGGUUUUCAAGGACGUCUUCGACCCCAUCAUCCGGGACAGGCACGGGGGCUACAAACCCACCGACAAGCAUAGGACCGACCUCAACCAUGAGAACCUCAAGGUCGGGGCCCCCCCCACCGCCCGGGGAGGGGAGUACGGGGGUGGGGGAAGAAGGGCCAGGGUCUGCCUGACCCUGAUGCCCCCUUCUGCCCUCCAGGGUGGGGAUGACCUGGACCCCAACUACGUGCUCAGCAGCCGCGUCCGCACCGGCCGCAGCAUCAAGGGCUACGCGCUGCCCCCCCACUGCUCCCGCGGCGAGCGCCGGGCCGUGGAGAAGCUCUCCGUGGACGCCCUCAACAGCCUGACGGGCGAGUUCAAGGGCAAGUACUACCCGCUGAAGAGCAUGACCGAGAAGGAGCAGCAGCAGCUCAUCGACGACCACUUCCUGUUCGACAAGCCCGUGUCGCCGCUGCUGCUGGCCUCAGGCAUGGCCAGGGACUGGCCCGACGCCCGUGGCAUCUGGCACAACGACAACAAGAGCUUCCUGGUGUGGGUGAACGAGGAGGACCACCUCCGGGUCAUCUCCAUGGAGAAGGGGGGCAACAUGAAGGAGGUUUUCCGCCGGUUCUGCGUGGGGCUGCAGAAGAUCGAGGAGAUCUUCAAGAAAGCCGGCCAUCCCUUCAUGUGGAAUGAGCACCUGGGCUACGUGCUCACCUGCCCAUCCAACCUGGGCACCGGGCUGCGUGGAGGCGUGCAUGUGAAGCUGGCGCACCUCAGCAAGCACCCCAAGUUCGAGGAGAUCCUCACCCGACUGCGCCUGCAGAAGCGGGGCACAGGUGGCGUGGACACCGCCGCAGUGGGCUCCGUGUUCGACGUUUCCAACGCCGAUCGGCUGGGCUCGUCCGAGGUGGAGCAGGUGCAGCUGGUGGUGGACGGUGUGAAGCUCAUGGUGGAGAUGGAGAAGAAGCUGGAGAAGGGCCAGUCCAUCGACGACAUGAUCCCCGCCCAGAAGUAGGCGCCCCCGCCCGCCGCCGACUGCUGGAGCCCUAGCCAAUGGGAGGGCCCAGCCCACCGGAGCCCGCCCGCUCAUCCUGGCCGGACCGGAUCUACGAGAGUCCAGCUCACAAUGGUUCUGUCAACAAGGGGCUCUAAGCAGAGUUCCAACCAAUGGGCUCCAGCCCUUGGGGCUCUGGCCAAUGAAAAGCCUCCCUCACACCCUCUUCCACUUUCCCCAGAGCUCCGCCCACCAUCUAGAGUUCUGGUUAAUGGGCGCUCCCCAGAACAUAUGGAGCUUGGGCUUUUUCUCCAUCCAAGGCAAUAAAUAAAAGCAGUGGUGGCCUUAGCUUUGUAUGCGAUAAUUAUGACUGGGGCGGGAUUUGCAACUGGCUACUGCGUGACCUCGAUGUGGUUUGCCCUCU